AUGAACCGAGACAGAGUCGCCAAGUUGUCCCCCGACCCCCAGACGAAAAGUGUUAAAAGGCGCUCGACGUGUAAUGCUUGCCAGCAGGCUAAGAUCCGUUGUAGCCAUGAUAAGCCCUCGUGCCGCAGGUGCCAGAAGAACAAUUUCGAGUGUGUUUACAGCAUGUCUCGUCGACUAGGCAGACCAGCGAAGAAAAGAGACGGCCUACAGAGUCUUAUGGAUCAGCAACCUGGUGAACGUGGCAGACAUCAGCCCAUCAAGAGAAUCCGGUACCCCAAGAAAAAGAAGGUCAAAGAGGAGCAGUCUCAAGAGAAGCUGAGCGAAGAUUCUUUCUUGGACGAUGGUGCCAGCAUCACCUUUGAUAAGAUUCCCUUCGAUGAUGGGGCUUUUGGGACCUUGUCCGGGGAUGAUGCUGGCUUGCAACGGUCCUUGAUGGAAGGUGAUAGAGAGCCCUCGUUUGUAGUUCCCGAGCCCAUUGAUUUCUCUUCCGAUACGUGGCUGCAAGACUUUGCUCCCCAUCCGAUACCCGACUCGACCCAAGAACCCAGCCUCCUUGACACCUUUGGCGUCAGCAGUCCAAAGCUAGACAUCACGUUUGCUACAUUUUCAGCCGGGUUGAAAGACCUAGCCACUCCAGUCCGCAACUACCAAGAUACUCCCUCCGACGCCCAAGGCCAGCCGCCAGUAGGCUAUUACGCACCGCAGGCGGGCUUUUUGAGUCCCAGUGAAGGACCAUCGCAAGGCGCCAAUGGCCCCCUAUCCGUAUAUCCUGAGAACGUGGAAAGGGAUCUGUUUGAGUGGUCGCAGUCACUGUCUUCUUCCAUGGAAAACCUCUCAUCGCGACACGCCAUGGCGACGGAUUACACGGGUGUUCUGGGCCACGGCAAGAUCCCCGCGCGACAGGGAGAGUAUACUAGUUUCACUUCCGAGGAGAUGAAGAAUAGUGCCGGGCCGUUUGACGCCAUCCCACGGCAGAAUCAGUGUCAGUGUCACGAACAGACCAUUGGAGAACUCAUGCGCGUCAACAUGUGUGCCUCGCGCACCGGGCCAUCUAUAACAAUCGAUUCGGUCCUGAACUGCCAGCGACGCCUACAACAAUUGUCCGAUACAAUUCUCCAAUGCGCCGUUUGCUCCAAGACGAGGGUCAACCUUCUUAUGGUGGUGGUUGUCAGUAUCGACAGCCUCAUAACGACCCUGGAGGCGAUUAUCUCAGUCGAGAGCGGUCGGCUGGAGGGGCUGUUCCCGGAAUAUUCGGAGCAGCUCUUGACCAGCUACCGGCAAGACAUAUCUACCAGUACGGAUAGCCGACGGUUCAAAGCCGGGGCCUUUCACUUCAAAGCGCACAUUGACUCCUGUCCGCUGGUAGUUGGGGGCUUCUGCGUGCCGUCCGAUGAGAAAUUCUUCUUUGUCAAACAGGUCUUGCACACCAGACUGUCUGGGCUUCUUGCUAUCGUCCGGAGAAUCCGCUCCUGUACCCAGGAGCUUUUGGCUAUUUCUGCGUCACGGGGGAGAUUGAUCAUGAUGAUGGAGACGGACCGACGGCUGCAGCUUAUUAUGAUGAAGAUGAAAAUGCUGACCAGGCGGUAG